UUGGGUUAAAGUUUGCCCCUCCCUUGUUAUAUAUAAAUAAUAACAACCGGGAGCUGUGCUAGCAUGUGGAGAGAGAACCUGUUAUAGAAGAAGCACGGUUUCCUAGAGCAUUUAAAGCAGUCAGGUUGCUGAAUACCUCAUUCGUUAGCCCAGUUAGCUAAGCGGAAACACCGGAGAAAGCAGCAGCAUGUCGGUGGACAGCGUGUUCAGAACCCGUUCUCUCGGUGUGGCCGCGGAGGGUCUUCCUGACCAGUAUGCCGACGGUAAAGCAGCGAAAGUCUGGGAGCUGUACAUCGGAGACACGCAGAGUAGGACGCAGGAAUACAAAAGCUGGGUGGUCGCUUUGCUAAGAGAGCAAGGGGUGAAGAAAGUGCUGGAUGUAGCCUGCGGAACUGGCGUUGACUCCAUCAUGUUGGUGGAGGAGGGCUUUAGUAUGACCAGCGUGGAUGCCAGCGACAAAAUGCUCAAGUACGCACUGAAGUCCCGAUGGGAGAGAAGAAAAGAACAGGCUUUUGACCAGUGGGUGAUUGAAGAGGCCAACUGGUUGACAUUAGCAGAGGAUCUUCCCAAACCAGGCCCUGGCUUUGAUGCUGUCAUCUGCCUCGGCAACUCAUUCGCCCAUUUACCAGACUUUAAGGGGGACCAGAGUGACCAAAAGUUGGCCCUUUCGAACAUUGCCAGUAUGGUGAGACCAGGUGGGAUCCUCAUCAUUGACCACCGUAACUACGACUACAUCCUGGAGACCGGCCGGGCGCCACAAGGCAAAAAUAUCUACUAUAAGAGUGAUCUAACUCAGGACAUCUCUACCUCUGUGCUGUGGGUCGACAAUAAGCCCCAUAUGAUCACUCUGGACUACACCAAAGUGCCCAAGGCCGCACUCCAAAAUACACCUGAAGUCAGUAAAUUCCGUCUGUCCUACUACCCUCACUGCCUCGAAAGCUUCACUGGUUUACUGAAGGAGGCCUUCCACGGCAAGAUGGAGCACAGCGUCUACGGAGACUUCAAGACGUACGUCCCCAGCCAGACCCAGGCCCCCUGCUACUUCAUCCACGUCUGCAAGAAAACCGCCUAAGAGGCCCCCCCCCACACACACACACACACACACACACACACACACACACACACACACACACACACAGCUAAGAAAAUAAUAGCUUCCUCCUUUAAGUCUGAGCAUGCUCCUCCAGAUUUGGGCAACAUUAUAUUUGAAUAUGUUUUUUAAAACGAUUUAAUCUUAAAUCUUAUUAAACGCUGCGACACUGAAGGGUGGUGCAGGAAUGAGUCCUUUAACCCGGGAAAUUGGUUAACAUUUUAGCCCUUGCGGGUUUUUUUUUUAUCGUGCCUGAAAUAAGGUUGAUAGAAGCUGAAGUUCUAUGACAGAAAGUACAUCAGUAAAUACUCCACUGGGGAUUUUCUGUAGCUUCUAUUUGUCUAAAAAAUAACGGUUGCUAACCUGAGGCCAAAUGAGACUACUGAACGUCAUCAUGGCGCACGCGGUGGUGACAAUAAUUCAUUUUUGAAGCCUAACAUUAGCUAUUUACAUCUCCCGGUCAUGGUUAAAAACAAAUUAUGAAGUGGUGUUAAUAUGUGGAGAUUAUCCUGCUGAACAAAAUGUAUAAUCAACAGAUCUUAAAUCCAAUUGAAAAUUCCGUUGCUUUUUGUCGAGUCAGCCAUCUACAAUGCUAACUUCCGGGCCGGCCUACAAAAACACGUCAUCACUGCACCACUCUAUCACCUUUGUAUUUUGUAUCUUGUAUCAGGAACAUCCAAGAGCUGCAGCGAUAAUCAUAUAUGAGAAAAUCAAUUAUCAGAGAUCUUUCUCUAUGGUCGGGUAAUAGUGUGCUAAAAUAUUUGGCAUUACCCGAUACAAUUGGUUGAUUCUUAUCUCAGCUGUUAACUUAAUCCGCACUUAAAAUUCUAAAAUAAUAACAGUCUUAAAAGAUCAAACCUGGUUUGGAAAAUAUAUUCAAAAUGUAUCGGACCACUGUAUGGCCCAUAUCUGUGUUUUCCCGAUGUGCUUUAUGUAGCUUUCCUCGUUUCCUCUCUCCUUCCCGCCUUUCUGAACUUUAAUAUCCACAGUGAAUGUUUUGGAAUGGUGCUGUACAUCAUUGAUAAUCCUCAUGAGGGAACACUUGAUACGACUAGCCAGCUAUGUACAAAGUGCUUGGAUAUUUUCUAAGAAUUGAACUUUAAAGUCUUAAAACUAAAAUUGUGAACACAACGCACGGUAUGUAGGCUUUCUUUGCUGGAAAUACAAAAGUAACAUAGCUUAGCCAUGAAUGCAAAUCUGGCCCUGCAUGAUGACCUUUCUUUCUUUGCAGCCCCCAACCCAUUUUCAUUUUCUUGUUAAUAAUUAUCCUGCAAACCUUGAUGCAGUCCCUAAAAAGUGAAGAUUUGUAAUCACAUUCAAAAGGCCUGUUUUAUUUUCUGAUCAACAAUCCUCCUCCCUUAAGUGUCCUUGCUUCCUCAUGACCUCCAUUUCCAGAGCUCCCUCUCUGCUGUCCUCUCUGAAGCUCAUGAGAGAACCGUUUCUGAUAUUGGAAUCGAAUUAACUACUUUUUAGUAGAAAUUAAGGUUUUGUUUUCCUGGUUUCUGGCUUCUUAUUUGACGGUACCAUUGAUUUUAAUUUAUUUAAGCCAUUAUUCUUCUAAAACCACUACUAAUUUGUCAUGUACAAACAAACCUCUUUGAAUUUGUUAUCAAACCAAAGUGUUAUUUUCUGCUCAAUCUUGAAAUUUGCUUGCGUUAAAUAUGAGAAAAACUUGAAUGUCAAUCAACUGGAAGAAUCAUUUAUAUUGCUGUAUAAUCCAGGUCCAAAUACAUUUUGCUGCAACACCAAAUUAAAUAUGUGUUUUCACUGGAAGGAGAAAGGAGCUCUACCAGGGGAACACAUCUUAUCAUUUCGUUGCUUAAGCCUUAAGAAGGAGGCAUGGUGCAUUCAAAUGCCUCUGGUAAAUGCAGGGUACAGCAGUGUGUGACUGAGGUCAGUAGGUUCAGAGUGUGGCGAUAUUGCAUGUUUGUCUGUGUGGCUUUAAAUUUCACAACAGUCUUAUUAUGUUGCCAAUUCUUAAAAAAACAAGUGUCAACAUUUUAUAAUGAACAAUGAAUAUUGGGAAUAAAAAGAUAUAUGAAAUAAA